ACAAUCAAUUCAUAUCAACCACACAAUGCCUCUUCCUCGUCAAGUCUUCAUCGCCGUUGUCGGUAAGCUGAUGCAAUCCCUAUGAUCGGACGUGUAUCACUAACAGCCACAGGCGCUGGUGGUGUAGGCAAGGCCUUCCUCUCCCAGCUCUCCGCUCUCUCCAAGCGCCUUUCUCAGUCACCCUCGUCGCCUUACUACCUCUCUUUGAUCUGGCUCAGCACCUCCAAGAAGGCCGUUUACCAUGCCGACUACAGGUCUCUCUCCAACUGGGAGUCGGAACUUCAAAACACAUCCAGUCCUACUCUGCCCCUCCCACAGCUUUGUGAAUACCUGCAAAAGGCGCCUGGAAAGGUAGUCCUAGUGGACAACACUAGCAACCAGGAUGUUGCCGACAGCUAUCCCGCCUUCUUGAAGAAGGGCAUCAGCAUUGUGACACCAAACAAGAAGGCUUUCUCCGGAAGCUAUGACUUGUGGACGCAAAUCUUUGAUGCUGCGAGCAACGGCAACGGCGCUGGAGGCUACGUCUUCCACGAGUCAUCGGUCGGUGCAGGACUGCCCGUCAUCUCCACACUGAAGGAUCUCGUUGAGACUGGCGACCAAGUCACAAAGAUUGAAGGUGUUUUUAGUGGAACCAUGAGCUUCCUCUUCAACUCUUUCCAGCCCCUCGGCGGCGGUGGCGGCAAGUUCUCCGCAGAAGUCAAGUCUGCAAAGGAGAAGGGCUACACAGAACCAGACGCACGUGACGACCUGAACGGUCUGGACGUCGCACGCAAGCUCACCAUUCUCGCCCGUCUUGCCGGCCUCAAAGUGGAAUCGCCAACUUCCUUCCCUGUCCAGUCGCUUAUUCCCAAAGAGCUCGAGUCUUGCUCUUCUGGCGAUGAAUUUCUCGAGAAGCUGCCACAAUACGACGACCAGAUGGAUAGCCUAAAGGCAGAGGCAGAGAAAGAGGGCAAGGUUGUCCGCUUCGUCGGAAGUGUCGACGUGCCGAGCAACAAGGUCAAGGUUGGCCUUGAGAAGUUUGACAAGAGCCACCCCAUUGCAGCACUGAAGGGUAGCGACAACAUUAUUGCUUUCUACACUAAGCGGUAUGGCGACAACCCACUCAUCAUCCAAGGUGCAGGCGCUGGCGGGGAGGUUACGGCCAUGGGCGUCACGGCGGAUCUAGUCAAGGUCUUGAGACUGCUGCACUAAUUGUAAAAGGCGAAUGCGCCGACGUUUAGCAAAAGAAAAAAUGAAUUUGCGCAAGGAAUCAAUGAGGGUGUCCUUGCAAGUGAC